CAACCACCUUUAACAUCUUCCAUCAUCAACUACCAUGAAGUUCUUCGCCACCGCUUCCGCCAUUAUCGCCGCUUGCACUCUCAUCCAAAGCACCGUGUGCGCCGCAACGACGGGUGGCGCACCAUGGGGGUACAAGACCAACGACGGCACUAUGGCUGGGCCAGCGCAGUGGACCAACAGCUAUCCGACGUGCGGGGGAUCACGACAAUCGCCCAUCGAUAUCUCCACCACGACGGGAGGAAAUGUGGCUACGCGCUCGUUGUCGUUCAGUGGCGAGUGCGCUGAUUUCAAUCUCACGCAGACGGAUGAUACAUUCAAGGCGAGCGUCGUUGGCGGGUCGUGUACGGCUAAAGCCAAUGGUGCUUCCUACAAGAUGGCUCAAUUCCACGUCCACGCACCGUCAGAGCACACACUGAACGGCAAGCCACUUGACGGCGAGGUCCAUUUCGUUCACAGUAAUGGAGAUGGCUCUGCACUUAUGGUGGUGGGCGUCUUCCUCGACGUCGUGAACAGGGGCAAGACGGACCCGUUCAUGGUGUCGAUCUUGGACGGAAUGGAGAACGUCAGUCCUACGAAAUGGGAGUCCAUGAGUCUUGGUUCGUACUCCAAGUUGGUGAACGCCAACGCAAACCGCCUCUAUAACUACCCGGGUAGCCUUACGACACCUGGAUGCGAUGAGAUCGUUGACUGGUGGGUGGUUCAAAAACCAAUCACCGUGUCCCCCACCGACUUCAAACGUCUGCAGGCUCAACUGAAGGAGCUGAAAGUGACGGAUAACGGCAAGAAUGCUCGUCCAGUGCUGCCACUGAACGGACGCAAGGUCAUCAGUCUCAAGUAGAUUUCGCUAAUCUCAGAUAGUGCAUGUUGGUUCCUAAAAAAUAUUGUUCACCUUUUAUAGAAGUCGACACUGUGGUUGUA